AUGAUGAACCAGGCGAGAAACUUCAGCCUGCGCAGCGUUAACACAAGCAAACCGCAACUUGCCCGAUCAGAAUCUCAACAGUCCGUGGCUGCAUCAGACGACUACUAUUCAUUCUCAGAACGAACCUCUAGUCCGGAGAGUCUAGCAACAGCCAUGCGAUUCAGGACUCCAGACUCCCACGCACCAUCACCCGCCAUGUCGCAAAUACAGCUUGCCCAAGAAGAUCGCGAGUCCCAACGCCCACCAACAUCCAGCACAGUUCGGUUCGUAGACGACAGAGCGGCCCACAUCAGUCCCACAUCCGAUGGAUCAAGAUCAAACGGGACUUCUCGCCGAUCCCCCAGUGAUUACCCGGGACCAUCUCCGACUCCAGGCACAGAUGACUCCCCAUACGUCCGGUUUGCAAUCGACCAGAUCACCCAAGACAGAACUCGGGGGCUCCAAAGGAAUGACUCUAUUUCCACCACGACGACAGGUGACUAUCCAACCGAUAGACUUAUAUGGGACGAGGGACUCGGUUAUUUCACCCGCACGCGGACCCCCAUUCGACAUGACACGCCACCAGUGAGACCGUCCUAUACAUCUCCCUCACCACAGGCUUUGCCGCAAACGCCAAUGUCAGUGGACCCCGAGUCCUUCAUGGCUGUUGAUGCGCCGGAGAAGAGCAUGUUGUAUCCUCCCUUGGACUAUCUGCCUCUUGUUCUGCGGCCGUGGGCUUUGGCGCUCACGAUAUUUUGCUGUCUGCUCAUGAUAGCGGGUAUAGUGUUUUGCAAUGUUUGGUCCCGUGGUGAAGAGGGAUUGUGGAACUACGUGCGUCAAGGCGACUCGAGAUAUUUUGUGCUACAGUUCCUGCCACAGAUAGCUGCCGCAAUCAUCAUCAUAUGGUUAUUCGUCAUUCAAGCUGCGGUAUAUCGCAUCGCACCAUUUUCUAUGAUGUCAGCAGAGCGAGGGCAAGGUCUGGUGAUGAACCGCCUGCCUAUUCUCUCGCAGAACUUCAUUUUCCCCGACUUCUCCCAUUUCCGCCAUGGUGAAGCCUUGUUCGGAUUCUCUUUGUUCACAAUUUGGCUUUCGAAUUUCUUCGCCAUCCCUCUGCUCAGCUGUCUCUUCCAGGCAAAGUACUAUAUCAUUGACGGACAAGGUGUCUGGCGAUGGGCUUCGGUUCAAUCCGUGGGCUGGACAUUGGUGGGAUUAUAUGGUGUUUUGACACUAGGCCUGAUCAUGCUUUUCAUCCGUUUCCUUCGUGGCUCGUCUGGCUUGAUGUGGGAUCCCGUCAGCCUCGCAGAUUUGGUCUCGAUCAUACAGCGAUCGAAUAUCCUCCACGAUUUUGAGCACUCUGAAACAGUUCCUUCGGUGCGAGAAUCCCUCGACCCCCGAGUACUUCGACUGGGAUACUGGAAACUCUCGAGCAAGGCCGAGAUCUUCUACGGAAUCGGCGAAGUAGAUGCCCCAGUGCGCACCCCAUCUCUCCAUCAGACAGGCAAAAGCCGAGAAGAUCAACCACACGGAGUUACCAAGGUUCGCUUUGAUCUUGAGCACAACGGUGCAUUCGCCAAUGACCCACAAGAUCACCACCUAUACUCGCCAUCCACCCGUUAUCGCUGGACACCUUGGUUUCUGCGCAACGUCCCAGUAUUUAUUUGGACUCUCAUUGUCUUCGCCCUCUUCGUCGCUUUUGUCGCCGUUAGCUUUAUCAACAGCGCCAUCGAAGGCGGCUUCCCUCCCAAGCUACCAACACUCCCAUCGACAAGUGCAUUCUCCUCCUCCAACUUCCUAUACAGCUUUAUCCCCGCACUAAUCGGAAACGUCUUCUUCCUGGCCUGGCAACCUGUCGACGUAUACUUCCGAGCUCUCCAACCAUACGCCGAACUCUCAUCCCCCAGCGGCGCAUCUGCCGAACGGAGCAUCCUACUCUCCUACCCAUCCUCCUACCCAUUCCAGGUCACCAUCCAGGCCAUAAUCAACCGCCACUUCAAAGUUGCCUGGAUCUCCCUCAUGAGCCUGCUAUCUCUCGCCAUCCCCAUUCUCGCCGGAGGCGUCUUCAUCGCCCUCUGGUUCUCCGACCACGACCAGAUCCGCAUCGCUGCCUAUUUGCCAGCAUUCUACGCUUUGAUUGCCUUCUGUGGCCUAUAUGCCGUAUCUUUCAUAGCAAUCUGGCCGGGCCGUCGUCGCUAUCUCCCACACGAUAUCACAACCUUGGCUGAUCUGAUGAGCUAUCUUUAUCAGUCGCCUCUUCUGUCUGAUAAAAUCUUGCGCGAGCCCAGGAGCAAGACUGACCUCGUUACUCGUCUUAUUGUUGCUCCACCCUCGGAGCGCCACCUGCCUUUGUACGGCUUUGGCAUUUAUGUCGGUCGUGACGGCAAGGAGCAUCUUGGUAUUGAUCGGUUCCAUCGGCCUGGUCGCGCUGAUAUGCUUAUCACCACCGGCGAUAUGAAUUAA